AUGGCACUAUGGCUUCAUCUUCAACAGGGACAGAGAUGGAGACAACAAGACUCAUUGGAAAGCGAGAAAAUCUAUACAUUAAAAUGUAGUGCACGGGUUACAACAUCGGAUGGCCAAAUUAUUAAGAGAACCAAUGAGCACAACCACGUUGGCGACCCAGUACGUCGAGAUGCCAUUAAACUUAUUAACAAGAUUAAAAACGUAGCCACUUCCAGCAGAGACACCCCUCAAUACAUCGUUUCAAGUGUUUCUCAGGAAUGCCCACGGUCUGUGGCACCCCAUUUGCCUAGUGUGGAUGCCAUGAAACGAACAAUCCGCAAAAUUCGCCAGCGCAAUGGUGAUGGUCCAGCGACAGUUCAUAAUCGCCAGGACUUGGUUAUUCCCGAUGACUAUCAAAAAACGUCAACGGGAGAAGAUUUUCUUUUGUACGACUCUGGUCCCAACGAAGACCGAAUGCUCAUCUUCACUACCAGAAGAAACCUCCAACUGCUGGCUUCAUCACAUGAUUGGCAAAUGGACGGCACCUUCAAAACCGUACCCCAUCUAUUUUAUCAGCUUUUAACAGUGCAUGGCUUGAAAGAGAAAGCUUCUAUUCCACUGAUUUAUGCAUUACUUCCAAGCAAAUCUACAGAGUGCUAUUCCAAAUUUAUGCAGCAGAUAGUGGAACUGCAGCCGAAUGUCCGUCCUCAUAGGGUUACAAUAGACUUUGAGAAGGCUCUGAUCAACGGUUUUCAAAGACAAUUUCCCAAUACGACUAUCCAAGGUUGCUUCUUCCACUUCUGCCAAUGUAUUUUUCGGAGUAUCCAGAACAACGGAUUGAAGCAGCAAUAUGAAACUGAUGCUGAUUUUGCUCUGAAGUUAAAGAUGAUUCCUGCCUUGGCCUUCGUACCACCAGGAUGUGUAAUAGAAUCUUUUGAAGAGCUUUGCGAUGGCCAAAUUGUACCUCCCGAGGCCCAAUGUAUAUUAGACUAUUUUGAAGAUACGUGGAUUGGCCGACCAUCAACUAGAAGGCAGCGGAAGCCACCGCAAUUUGCGAUAAAUAUCUGGAAUUCCUAUGAAGCUGCUCUGCAAGGAGCCUCAAAAACAAAUAAUGCCGUAGAAGGAUGGCAUUAUGCAUUCGAGCAUCAAGUGUCUGCCAACCACCCAAAUAUUUGGAAAUUUAUUGACUGUCUGAAAAGAGAGCAAAGUCUUCACGAGUUACAAAUUGAGCAGUUAUUAUCAGGGCAAACUGAUAAAAAAAAGAAGUACAGGGAUGCGGCAUUAAGGCUUCAAAAAGUAGUGGAGAAAUUUGAUGAUACCAACAUCCUGGACUACCUCCGAGCUGUUGCCCAUAACAUAACCUAUUGA